AAAAUGCGCCCAGGGGGACAAGGGCGUGAGCACCAACAGUGGUCGAGCUGCACAGUCUGCAUCAAGCUCGUCGAGUAUCAGGAACCGAGCCUGUCGCCAUGGCCUCAUCCCGGUUCGAAUCCGAGCAGUACACCUCCGAGGCGUUUGUCGAGAGCGCCGGCGGAGUCUUGUUCCGGCUCUCUUCCCGGGAGGUCUGCGUGCUUCGUCUCCUGGAGCGUGACGAGUAUGUCCUAGCCAAGGGGCGGCGCAACUGCGGCGAGGCCCGCCAGGCAACAGCCCUGCGCGAGGUCACCGAAGAGACCGGUUUUGCCUGUCGCCUCCUUCCCCUGAACAUGCAGACGCGUGCCCCGCCAGCGGUAGAAACUGGGCAGGUGGACGACCGGCCACGCCUUUACAAUGGUGUUUGCGAGCCUUUUACUCUGCAAGUCCGCCGCCUGGGUGAAGGGCAGAUCAAGCUCAUCUGGUGGUUUGUCGCCGCCGUGGACGAGGAGACACCGCCGAAGGAGCGGGAAGCGCCGGAGAGGGAUAGGUACGCGGUGGAAUUUUACAGCUACGCCGACGUGCUGGGCAAGUUGACGUUCCAGAUGGAUCGGGAGAUGGUCAAGAGAGCCAUCGAACUCGUCGAGAACACAUACGCGGAUUAAAUCAAGGUGGUGGAGAUGGAGUCUUGCUCUAUUAUUCCAGAACGCGGC